AUAUAAACUUGCAUUUUGCAAGAAACCACCCAAACCAGAAUGAAAGCAAUUCUCAACUACCCCAUAGGCCCCAUACUCUUUUUUAAAAAUAGGAACCUGUAGUACAACAAACUGUUUUCUAUCAACUUUUUUUUUUGCCCAAGUCAGUGGUCUGAAAAAAGAACACCAUGAAUUCUCAAGCUUCUUUGAUGACCAUCUCCCUACCAGAACAAGAAAAACUCAUACACAAACUCCAAAUCUUCAAGAUUCAAGGUAAAGAUAAACGUGGAAGCUCCAUCCUUUGCGUCAUCGGCAAACUUUUCCCUGCAAGGAUUGUAAGUGUGGAGGCAGUGAACAAGUAUCUACAAGAGAAGAUAUAUCCAAGUUUAGAGCAGAGACAGUUCUCAAUAGUGUACCUGCAUACAGGGGUUAACAGAGCUGAAAAUUUCCCUGGAAUAGCUGCUCUCCGGUCGAUCUGUGAUGCUAUGCCGGAAAACGUGAAAAAUCAUCUGAAUGCUGUUUAUUUCCUUCAUCCAAGCCUACAGUCUCGACUCUUCCUUGCGCUUUUCGGCCGGCUCAUCUUCACCGGAGGGGUGUAUUGGAAGAUGAAUUAUGUGACCAGGCUAGAGUUCUUGUGGGAACACGUAAAGAGAAAGGAGAUAGAAAUACCCGAGUUCGUGUAUGAUCACGAAGAGGAGCUGGAUGACUACCGUCCGAUGAUGGACUAUGGAAUGGAGGGAGAUCAUCCAAGGGUUUAUGUUGAUUCUACUGUUGAACCUGCAAUUUCUAUGUACUCAAUGAGGUGUAUUGCUUAGUUAAAAAUGAGGAAGAACUGUUUUAAGGUGGGUCUUAGAUGGGCUGAACUGAUAAUGUUUGCCGGCCUCUUAGGCUACUAUGUUUUUUAUCUUCAAGCAUUAGUAGUUUUACUGUUAGAAAAGCUGCAAAAUGCUUAGUGGUUAUAUGUCGCAUUCCCAAUUCUAGGUUUUGUUUAGACUGUAAAACGAAAAACCAAAUGAGCAUCAAUAGAUUUUUUUUUUCUUUCGACGAAA